AUGAUAUAAGAGAAUUAAUAUUUCGACAAUGUAGAAGAAUUUUUAAACUCUUCACUUUAAUCUCAUUAGGCUCUCUUUCUUGAUUUUAGUUUCAACAAAAUAGAUGACGAAGGUGCAUCAGCCUUAGGUUCUGCUUUAGCAAAUUGUACUAAUCUUUCAAAUUUGGUAGUUUAUCUUAGUUGCAAUAUAAUUCGUGAAGAAGGUGCAUCAAGUUUAGGUUCUUAUUUAGCAAAUUGCACUAAUCUCUCAAAUUUGAUUCUUGAUCUUAGUAAUAAUUAAAUUGAUGGUAAAGGUGUAUCAGGAUUAGGUUUUGCUUUAAAAAAUUGCAGUAAUCUCUCACAUUUGACACUUGAUCUUAGUGACAACACAAGUGGUGACGAAGGUGCAUCUGGCUUAGGCUCUGGUUUAGGAAAUUGCACUAACCUCUAAAAUUUGUCACUUAACCUUUAUAACACUAAAAUUUGUUUAAUUGGUGCAUCAGGCUUAGGCUCAGGUUUAGUAAAUUGCACUAAUCUCAAAAAUUUGACACUAGACCUUUCGUAUAAUCAAUUUAUUUGUUUUGGAUUGUGA